AUGGUGACCAAGGCAGCGGCCGUGUCACAUUUAUCAUCAUCAUGGACAUCCAUUAGCAAGUGGAUCGCGAACAUAAGCAUAAACCAGACCCUGGUCCAGAGUGCCCACCUCCGACAUCCGAGCACGGCACGGCCAUAUCACGCGGCAGUGUGGCCCUCCUACGGCAUCACCACCCCGGUCCCCGACCAGUCUCUGAACCUCCCCAAAUCACCCUUCCGACUCGAGACUGGCUACGCUCUAUGUGCCAAAAGGCCCUCGCGACCAUUUCCCCCACCUUUCCUCUCUCCACCGUCGACGUCUUUCUCCGAUCCCUUGACGACACACGGCCUAAGCCAGGAUAAGAGAUUAUCCGUCAAAGGCGAGCUAGUCCGUGGCUUGAACAACGGCGACGACGCCAUUAUUGUCGCGGAGAACUUUAUCGGCGUCGACGAUGGCGUAGGCGCCUGGGCUACCAAACCCCGUGGCCAUGCUGCACUCUGGUCCAGACUCCUGCUACACUUUUGGGCCCUCGAGGUCGAACGCCAUGCUGACAACGGCCCCACUACCCUCGACCCGGUCGGAUAUUUGCAGUCUGCAUACGAGGAGACGCUGCGCGCAACUACGUCCCCGACCGAGUGGCUAGGAACGACGACCUCGGCCACUGCUAUACUACACUAUACCAAGGAACAGGGCGGUGCGCAGAAACCAUUGCUAUACGUCACGAAUCUGGGCGAUUGCAAGAUUCUGGUGAUUCGGCCAGCAGAGGAGAAAGUCAUCUUCCGCACUGCUGAGCAGUGGCACUGGUUCGAUUGCCCUAUGCAGCUGGGAACAAACAGCAUCGACACACCGCGCAAGGACGCAGUGCUGUCCAAGAUCGCACUGCAGGAAGAUGAUAUUAUCCUGGCGCUGUCGGACGGCGUCAUGGAUAACCUCUGGGAACAUGAGGUUCUGAGAACUGUGUUGGAUAGCAUCAAUAAAUGGGAGGAAGGACGUGUUUCACAUGAGGAUUUACCGGAUUCGAGGAUGGCCGAGGAGCGCAACGUCUUUGUUGCCCGGGAGCUGUUGAAUGCUGCUUUGGCAAUCGCCCAGGAUCCUUUCGCGGAAAGCCCCUUCAUGGAGAAAGCUAUUGAUGAAGGUCUGGCUAUUGAAGGAGGCAAAAUGGAUGACAUCUCUGUCGUGGUUGCAUCUUGCAAGAAACGCGCUGGGUGA